UGAUCUUCCUUUAACUGCUGUGUGAAACUGGACAUCAGCAUCAAAAUGGGCAAUGAGAACAGUAGUGCAGAAAACCAGGGUGCUCCACAAGACUCAGAACUAGGCCAACCUCCUGGGAAUGGACAUGGUUUAAAAAGGAGCCCUCAGGAAAAGAGACCUGAAAGAGCUGGAGGUCAGGACACCUCAGAUCUUCCAGCUGCUGUGCAGCUGGCUGAGAGCGUAUCUCCAUCAAUUCCAAGGCCUACAAGCAUCAGCAACAAAGGCAUCAGUAGCUGCAGUGCUGAAGACCUAACCCACCCAAAUUCAAGCAUGGUGUCUUCAGAGGUGACGGGAGAGAACACUGCCUCGCAAGAGCAAGGAGGACAAACAGACUCUCAGCGCUUAAAGCAGGCUGCAGGAGCAAGGGAGAGAAGUCUGUCUGUCUCAGUGCCUUCAGCAGGUGCUGAAGAACGUGCCACAACACAUCUUACAAGCAGCAAUACUUUACCAACCUCAACCUGCAAUGAAGCCCUGCUGUCACCAGGUCAAGUCAAUGACAAAGAAGAGGGGAUAACAACUUCCAAAUCCAUGGACAGAGGCCCUAAAUGUGACACUAUUGCUGCCGCUUGUAUGGAAAAUAGUGAGAAUGACCCCAGCAAGCCAAGCCUGGGGUCCAGCCCUCCUGCAGUAAUCACAGCAAUGCAAGGAGCCUCACAAAUGAGUCUGAGUGAAUUAAGAGGGCUCUGGCAGAGCGAGCAUCUGGGUGGCAGGAGGGACCCACAUGUCAGCACGUGCCCCCAGGGUACAGGAGCAGGGGAUUAUAUCCCUGCUCAGGAGGCCAAGCAGGAGCGAGGAGGUUUGGAAGCAGGUCAGCAGCAGGCUGUGAUGCAGCAAGGUAGACAGAACCCAGAUGGUGGGGAGGGUCUGCUAAUGAAAGAAGAAACCUUAAUCCUAAAUUAUCCAGCAACAGGAGGCUCAGACAGUGAAAAAUGUGGAGCAAUUGUGAAUGCUCAAGGCUUCACCGGCAUCAGUGAAGUCUGUAAUCUACAGAUAGGGGUUGAAACCACAGCUAAGGAGAAUGAGGCAAAUCCAGCUCUGUCUGCAAGCAAAGGGGAGCAGUCAGAAGCCUGUGCUUUCAUGGUGCCUCCUAACCCUGUCCUCCUGGUACCAAAGCCUGAAGAGCCUUCGAGGGAAUAUGUGCCUGGAAAUGGCUCUCAAGACGCAGUGAGGAGCAAAGUGGUGAAAACAGCCUCUGACAAAAACAAACCCACUUGUCAAAGAGAGCUUCAAAAGGAGGACGAGCUUGUCAGUGCCGAGCGUUCCAUUCUGCCUUUAUCAUUUCAGCGAGAGGGAGAACAAAACUCAGCCGUCACAACUGAAAGCCCAAAAGAUGAAGCCAGCAGCAAUGAAACUAUAAAAGCUGAGGCUGUGUCUAGAGAAAGCAGUGCUCUUUCUGAACCAGAACUUGUUAUCAAUCCCGCUGCGGAGAAUUCCCUGGUAGAUAACAGGUUACUGCUGGCAGAAUACGCAUUAAGCGCUUCUUUGAGCAGAUCCACAGAGCUGAAUCAAAAGGAAAGCAAGGCGAGUGUAACAGGGGAGAGAGAUGAAAUCACAACAGACGUGACAGAGAGCAAUGUAUUACCUGAGGGGUCGAGUGGGGCACAAAGGCAACUGUUGAACCCUGUUAGUAGCCACCACCAGGACAUGGAAAAUACCCUGUUGGGACACAAUCCUCAAGUACUGGGUCUUUGUGAGAAGACUUCAACAGGUGACCCAGGGGAAGAAGCUGUGGCAAAGCCUCUGACUUUAGGCUUUAAAUCACCCAAUGACAAUUCACAGUCUCUUGGUUAUGAACCUGAACAGCAAAUGAGUAAAGGGAAAACAGAUGCCACAGGCCGGGAGAAGAAGCCUGUGACUUCCCCACAGUUUCCAAGGCAGGAAUGCCCACUGGGGUUUGAUUGCUUUAACACUGAGGCAGAAGACAAAACUUCAGGCUGUAAUGGGACUGACACAGUUUGUUUAGCCAGUGCAUGCAGUUCACUGCCCCUCUGCUCUGAGAACAAUCGUAUUAAGCAGAGUAAGCAGGAUGAGCCCUGGGAAAAGGCUCUUGCUGGAGAAACUGUGUUGGAAUCUGACUCCAAAUCCAAACCCGAGCUCCAGGGCUUAAAUGAGUUGGCAGGGCCUGUGGACCGCAUGGCUCUACAAGGCAAGGAGAGCUCAUGGGUUUCAGACAGCAAAGAGCACCACAGUCCCAUCACGGCAGUGCCUUGCAGUGAUUCAGAGCAGGGACCUGCAGCUGCACAGCACGGUGCUGUGGGUGGUGAUGAAAAUGAGGGUAUUCAACAAGAGAAGCACCAGGCUGUGGGGGAAGGCUUCGUGGAGGACAAAGAUUUGGCACUGAAAGGGAAAUGCAAAUCGGAUGUGCUGGUGCCAGCUCAGCUGGAGCAAGUGGCUUGUUCAGAAGCCACCCAAGCUGAUGUUGGCACUUCAGGACUAACUCCUCACAUGGAGGAAGGGGGUGACAGCCGUGUCAGUGAUAACUACUGUCCCUCAGAGGGUGGCACAUGUGGCUCUUUGGAGGCCUUGGAGUGCAGUGUUGGAGAACUGCAGGAAAACGCAGAUGUUCCAAGCGCUCUUCCCCAUGCAGACCAAAUGGAGAGGUCAGUGCCUGCUGCUGAGGACAGGGGCUGGAUUUCAAGCCCAGGACUCGAACAACAGCAGCACCAAAGCAGUCUGACAACUGUCACAAGAGCAGGUGAUCAGGAACGCAAAGAAAGGGCAGCAAACCCUGAAUUGCCAUUAGAACUUAAUAAUCACAGCAGCACCCCAGAAACACCUCUAGAUGUUUCAAACAACCUUAAUAAAGAAUCUCCUGUGCUAGAUCCAGCGACUCCGGACACGGCGACAGACAAGGACAAGGGUAACAGCAGCGCUGCGGUGUCGGAGAUGUGUGAACACGGGCAAAGUAUUUCUGGUGUGGCCAUGCUUAAUUUGCAAGAUUGCAAUGAGCAAAGCAAAACUGAUCUCAAGGCAGGAGAAAACUGCUGCAGUCAGCACAACUCCAACGAGCCCGAGCAGGGUAGUCAUUCUUUGAUCUCAGCUAGUCAGCAUGAAGCAGCAUGUCAGAGCGAUACGUCUGCUAAAGGAUCUGACAAGAGUGAACAGCCAGGCAGGAUAGAGGAUAAUAGUGGUGAAAGCCACGCUGCUGCUGCUGCUAUAAAGGCUCUUCCAGGGACAGGGAAUUCAGCAAGUGCCACUAACACGUCACAGGCUUUGCCAAGUGGUAUGGAACCAGCGCAUACUUCUGAUAAUCCCGGGAAAAAUGAUCCUCAAAUAUCUCAUACAGAAACUCAAGGGAAAAUGCCAUCAAUGGCAAAGAACCUCAAAAAGACUCUUACUGGUGAUGGGGGAGUCAUCCAGAGUGAUGGAAACAUGGAGGAAAGUGCUGCUGCCACAGCAACAAGCAAUGUGAAGGGUGAUAAAAGACCAGGGGCACAGGGAUGUCCUUCACCAUUGCAGGCACACAGGGAAGCAAUUCCCACUGAUAAGUUGUAUAAACCCAGCUGCCUUCAAAACACAGCAGAGGAGCCUGGUUCUUGUCAAGCAGAUUUUAUAGCCCUCUCUGCACUCGGCCAUCCUGGCCAGCAACCUGGAAACCAUACAGCCAGUGGUAUCGGGGGGGAAGCACUGAAUAAUGAGCUGGAAGUUGUAGCAUGCCAAAAUGCCUUAGAAGGGAACUCUGAUCUAGAGAUUGAUGCAGGUUCUCAGGUGUCUGUGCAUGUAGGUCCCUCACCUAGUGUAGGCACAGCAAAUCCAGACAGCUCUGAAGGGGGUAGAUGUGUGAAUGAAAUAGACGUUCCAGAGCGAGGUUUUCAGGGCGAUGGAGACAGGAGUUCAGCCCUGCCAGAGACUGUAAAUGUGGGGCAGAGGACUGCAAACUUAUCGCAGUUCAAUUCUGAGAAGCUGAAGAAAGAAAUCUCUGCAAUUAAAUCCCCCCAAACAAAAAGCGAGGUAAACUUCAAAGCACAGCAAAGUGACAGUUCAGCAGAGUCUCUGCGCGCACUCCCCGCUCUAGAAGGGAAGCUGCUGAGCCUUUCAUCAUCACAAGAAAGCCGUAAUGAGGAAAUUGCAUCCAGUAUGGGGGCAGAUGACAAGCACGGUGAGAUCUUAGAGAAACCUGGGAAUUCAGAAGAAAUGGAAGAGCUUUCAAAGGAGAAUAACAUAACUGGGGCAGAGCUCAGCGCUUGUGAGCAGGCUGCGGGGAGCUCUGGAAGGGAGCAUGAGGCUCUGACUUGCAGCUCUCUGGACAUCGGCUCCAGCUUCCCAGACUUUAGGCAGCACAUCAGCCAGAUAUUUAAAAGCACCGUGCACAGCACGCUGAGUGCUGAGUUACCCCAACGGCUGCCUGAAAACCAUGCAGGCUUCAAGCAGAGGCCAGUGGCCACGGAUACAGGAGGAGUGUGCGGUGCUGAGAACCGUUCAGGAUCAAUCAAGGUGGGCGAACGAGCUCCCGAGGGCACCUCAGAAGCAGAGGGGCAAGAGCUGCCUUUAGCUCCUGAGGCUUCCUGCAGAGCUGGCAAAGGGAAAUCUCUGCAACAAGGAAACGCAGCGGCAGAGCUGCCUACGGCAAGUCUCCAGGAUGCUGAGGAAAACAAGCAGCCCCGUAGGUGUUUAGAAGUGGUCCCUGCGUUGGAUGGCAGCACACCUGCUGAAUGCCCUCUGCAACAUCAGCGAAAGCCAGAGCGAGCCACUGAGCGUCCAGCGAGCGGCGAGAUGGAAGGAGAGGAAGGCGAGUGUGCGAGUGGUGCUGAUCCCGAAUCGCUAAUAAGCUUAGGGAUAAAGAAGCAAGGACCAGCUUCAUGUGGUAGGGCAGCAGCUGAGAACUUCCUUGCAUGGUCUGACAGUAAGCAACAACCCGCUGGAGCUGCCACCUCGGCAGGCGAUGCACAGAAGAGGGACUUAGAAGAUGCUGCUACCGCAGAGGGAAAUAACUUUAUUACAGAGCAUAACACAGAACCAGUUUCAUCUGAAGAGGAUGUAAAUCUUCCUACUGAACAGUGCCAGGAUCCUAAGGCAAACGAGCAGGAGCAAAGCGAGUACAGUGAUGCGGAUGUUGCCAAGAGCAUCCCUGAUAUGGCAGCUUCAACACUUGUCCCGGGAGGCUCUUACAAUCACGACAAAUUGCCAGGCAAUUUGAAUGCAUCACCUGGGGGAAAUCAGGAGACCCACGUUCACAGCAGUUUCAUGCAUGAUAGUAAGUCUCACAAUGACGUGCAGGGGAUACAGGAUGAUCCAGUGAAUAGGAAAUGCUUGGAAACGUUGGAAAAUCCACAAGAUGCACAGCAAGAAGAGAAAGGGACCGUGCAUGGGUUAAUAGAUUACUUAAAAACCGAAGUAAGCCAGGAUGAUUGCUUGCAAACUGACUCUACAGUAGAACCUAGCGAUAUAACUGAGGGAGGUGUGAAAGAGAACAGUGACACGGUGCUAAGCACAACAAAGGCAGGUGACAUAAAAACUGGAGACGUCCCUGAAACAGGUACUGCAAGGAUGUUAGUCACUGGUGAAGGUGACUUGGCCAUAAACACGAGCACUGAGGAGCAGGACACAGACCUGCACAAAAAUCACUCCCCAGCCACUCCUGUGAUGGAGCAGAGCGAGGGUUCUGCACGCACAGAUCUCACUGAUGCUGAAAAUCAGCCGAGCAGGAUGAAUCCAGAGGAUGAAAGCUCACUUCAGGAUGGCACAAGAAAGCUAUCCCCGCUUGCCUUGACUGAGCCUAAGAACCUUGACUUCACUGAACUGCAAGAAACCGCUGUGGCAGGAUUACCUACUGAAAGCCGUCCUGGGCCAGGUGAUGCUAUACAGUUGGCCUCUCCCCUUGAUCCUUCUGAGCAACCCCUACCUGUUACUGCAGCGUUUGGAGAUGUUGAGCCCCUGGAUGCUACUGAGCUGACUGCAGCAAGUGCCUCCAAGCCUGAUAACUGCAGAGAAGCUGAUAACCUCGUGUCUGGGGAUGUACCUUUGCCUGCGGCCCCUGGUGAUGGUGUAGAGCUGCCUGCUGAGGAAACCAAAGGUUUCACCAGGGAAAUAAAGAGGAGCUCUGACUCUGAAGAAGCAUUUGAGACCCCGGAGUCCACUACACCGGUAAAGGCACCACCGUCACCUCCACAGCCACCCCCUGAAGCAGCAGCAGUUGUAGCUGACAUAGCAGAACAAGAACUCAAACCCCAGCUGCCCUUGGAAGACACAGGAUCAUGUUCAGAAGCUGUACCUGUAACUGAUGUGUCACACAGCGAACCACUUGAAGAAAGCCCUUUCCGGCCCCCUUCCCACUCUUUUUCCACCGUCUUCGACGAGGACAAGCCAAUAGCCAGCAGUGGAACUUACAACUUGGACUUCGAUAACAUUGAGUUGGUUGAUUCUCUCCAUGCCUUAGGACCGAGCUCUCCAGAAUCAAAGAAUCGUGACCCCAAAGCAAAUGUGCGAAGAAAAUCCACUGAUUCACUCCCAGUUUCCAAAUCUACGUUGUCUCGAUCUCUUAGCUUGCAAGCAAGUGAUUUUGAUGGAGCAUCUUAUCUUGGCAACAGUGAGACAUUAGCACCGGCAGCGGAUGUGUAUGGUACUGGUUCAAGCAGUGCUUCUAGUACUCUUAAGAGAACAAAGAAAUCCAGACCGGCUUCCUUAAAAAAGAAGCAGCCAGCCAAAAAACCUCUGGAUGCUCCACUGGUGAAGGAAACUCCUCAAGAACCACCUGACCUUGGCCAAGCUGAUUGCGACCCAGGUGAGGAUAAAACAGCAUCUGAAGCUAAGGCUGAUUCAGUAAGGCCUGAAUGUACUGAACCUUCUAAAAUCUCUGCUGAGAAACAGGAGGCCCCGCCUGUGCCUGAAGGAUCCCACCCUUUGGAUCCAGACAGUUUGGAAGGGAUUAGUGCAUUUAGCACUGGAGGCAGCAAGGUACAAAACUCUCCCCCUGCCAAUAAGAAACCACUACCUCUUACAACGGCACCGGAGGCUGAGGAGGUGACUCCACCAGACACUGGAGGACAAGAAGACCCUCCAGUCAAAGGUGUUGCGGUGAGGCUGGAGUUUGAUUACUCUGAAGAGAAAGGGGUGAGUGAAGACCAGCAGGAGAGUACUCCUCCUCCCAAAAAAGCAGGUAAAAAGCCUGGUGCUAAAAUGCCACUAAGGAGGCCAAAGACUAAAAAGUCAGUGGAAAAGCUUGACAAUGCUCCUACCACACCAACUAAGUCACCCACUGAUCCAAACGAAAUCCCUAUCACAAAAGGCUCUUACACUUUUGAUAUUGACAAGUGGGAUGAUCCCAAUUUUAACCCUUUCUCAUCUAGUACAAAAAUGCAAGAAUCACCCAAACUGCCUCAGCAAACGUACAGUUUUGAGCCAGACAUGUGCGAGGACUCUAUGGACCCUUUCAAGUCUUCUUCUAAGAUAGCCAGCUCGCCCUCUAAAUCUCCAGCUUCCUUUGAGAUACCAGCCAGUGCCAAUGAAACAAAUGGAACAGAAGGAGACAACUUGAAUAAACCUGCAAAAAAGAAGAAGACACCAUUAAAAACGAUGGUAGAAGAUGUGAUGUCUGUAUGUUCUCUGUUUGAUACAUUUAGGGUGAAAAAAUCGCCAAAAAGAUCCCCACUUUCUGAUCCUCCUUCUCAGGAUCCCACUCCACUGCCUACUCCAGAAACACCUCCCGUCAUAUCCACAGUGGUGCAUGCGACAGAUGAGGAGAAGCUGGCAUCUUCAGUGACCAGCCAGAAGUGGACCUGCAUGACCGUGGACCUGAACACGGAUAAGCAGGAUUAUCCCCAGCCCUCUGAUCUGUCUACGUUUGUGAAUGAGACCAAGUUCAGCUCUCCUACAGAGGACUUGGAAUAUGGCAACUCAUAUGAAAUAGAAUAUAUGGAGAAAAUAGGCUCCUCUGUGCCUCAGGAUGACAGCACCCCGAAGAAACAGUCUUUAUACCUAAUGUUUGAUGCACAGCAGGAGAGCCCAGUCAAAUCACCUCCCAUCAGACUGUCUGAGUCCACAACACCGUGCUCAGGGUCAAGUUUUGAAGACCCUGAAGCCCAGCAAUCCUCUGGGAUGAAAAUACAACAUCCAGCUUCCCGAGUCCUAGCUGCCAGCCAAGAAGCACACUUACAGUCACCUGACAAGUCAAAGCAGAAAGAUCUAGAGCCUAUGACCCUAGGGACGGCUCCAGAGGCUAUUGAAAUAGCAUCUCCUGAAGACUCCUUUGUCUCUGCUGAUGCCCUUCUCAAUAGGAUAUCUAAGAAAACCUCAAUAUGUGAGCAGCCUGAGUAUCUAGAUCCUGACUUAGCAGAAAAGAACCCCCCAGUAUUUGCUCAGAAACUUCAGGAGGAGUUAGAGUUUGCUGCAAUGAGGAUAGAAGCAUUGAAACUAGCCAGGCAGAUUGCCCUGUCUUCUUUCUGCUCCAAGAGAGAACCUGCUAUCCCAGCAGAUGUUUCCAUCUCUAAGAGCGCUCUGUACUCCCGGAUCGGCGCCGCGGAUGCAGAAAGCACCACGGGUCUCCUCUACCCCCAGCAAGACUUAGACUCUGCACUACGACUCGCCAGAGCAGAGAUUGUGUCCAAGGAAAGGGAAGUAUCUGAGUGGAAAGAGAAAUACGAAGAAAGCAGAAGGGAAGUGAUGGAAAUGAGGAAAAUAGUUUCAGAAUACGAGAAGACGAUUGCUCAGAUGAUAGAGGAUGAACAGAGAGAGAAAUCUGUCUCCCAUCACACCGUCCAGCAGCUGAUAGUGGAGAAGGAACAAGCGUUGGCAGAUCUGAACUCAGUGGAGAAAUCACUGGCAGAUCUUUUCAGGAGAUACGAGAAAAUGAAAGAAGUAUUGGAGGGGUUUCGGAAGAAUGAAGAAGUGUUAAAGAAAUGUGCGCAGGAGUAUUUGUCACGAGUAAAGAAGGAAGAGCAGAGGUAUCAAGCACUCAAAAUUCACGCAGAGGAAAAACUGGACAGAGCCAAUGCUGAAAUUGCACAAGUGAGAGGCAAGGCUCAGCAAGAGCAGGCAGCGUACCAGGCCAGCCUUCGUAAAGAGCAGCUCAAAGUGGACGCAUUGGAAAGAACACUGGAACAAAAGAAUAAAGAGAUAGAAGAAUUAACAAAGAUUUGUGAUGAACUGAUUGCCAAAAUGGGGAAAAGCUAACUUCUAACCAAAUUUCUGGACUUCAAUAUUGAGUGCAAUAUGACCAUUGGCACACUGAUGUCCAUACGUUUAUGUGGACAGGUUAUAUUUUCACUUUUUCGUAUGCACUACUGUAUUUUCUUUCUAAAUAAAGUUGAUUUAAUUGUAUGCAGUACUCAGAUGACUAUCAGAAUUUCUUGCUAUUGUUUGCAUUUUCAUAGUAUAAUUCAUAGCAAGUUGAUCUCAAAGUUCCUGUAUCAGGGAGAUUGUCAAGUUCUCUAAUUACAAAUUGCUGAUCCUAGCCUUCCCUUUGUACAUGAGUUCCCAUGUUGGAUGUCUUUUGGAUUUAAUAUAAACAUGUAUUACUUGCAUGGGGACUCUUGCCUUAAGGAGCAUAAACUUUAUCUGCAUUUGCUGAUUUGUAAAAUAAAAUGAAAAAUGGAAGAAAAAAAAAGGAAAUGCAUGUCACUGAAAUGAAAUUCUCUAUUGUAAAUAAAUUUUUUCGUUGAAAGUUGAA